UUUACAUCGACUCCUAGCAACAGCUCCAAGGAGACAGACGCCAUUUGUGGACCUCCGGUCGGUUUUUAGUGUAUGUAGCAUCUCGUCGAUGUUUUGUGCAUAGUAGGGGUUCUUCAACAUUUUGUAAAAGGAUCCAGGGAAAAUAAAAUAAAAAUGUCGGACAAUGAAAUAGAUUCGACAACCGUGUUAAAUGAACUCACAAAAGAGCGAGAGUUUCAAAAAGCGAAAGCUUUUCUUCUCACUGCGAGUACUUGUACAGGGAUGAAUGUUUAUGAUCAUUUGUCCCGAGUACUGGGUAAAAUUCUAGAUGAGAAACCAGAUAACUGUGUGGACAUUUUUGAAGACAUAAGCAAAGAUGCAAAGAGAACAAAGUUUACAUCAGAUGUGGACACAAUCCAGGACAAAGUUGACAGGUCCACUCAAGUAGCUCUUGCUCAAGUUCAGAGGAAGUUAUUUACAAAACAAGGUGAAGAUGGGGAGGAAGAGGUACCUCAGGAUGAGGAGGUUGAAACUCCUCUGCCCAAUUUAAUGGAGCUUUGCUUCUUCUUCGAGCAAGCGGGCAUUGGUUUAAACCGUGAAGAAAUCGUUCGGGUGUGGUUGGCCAUGAAAAAUCUUGUAGAUAACCAUCCUUUACAGCAUGUUAGAUUUUGGGGAAAAAUAUUUGGAACUGAACAGAAUUAUUACAUAGCAGAGGUAGAAUAUAGAGAAGGUGAUGAAGAGGAAGAAGAUGAAGAUGAGCAAGAAGAAAAAGAAGAAGAGAAAACUGAAAAAGAAGCAGGAGAUGAAGAAGCUGAAGAAGAGGAAGUAGAGGAGGAUGAUACCCCCAAGCCUGAUUUUAAACCUCCACCCGUUGUCCCCAAAGAAGAAAACAGAACCGGAGUAAACAAAAAAACAUAUUUCGUCUGCAAUGAUCCUGGAAAACCGUGGGUCAAGCUGCCCCAUGCCCAACCAAAUCAGAUUACACUGUCCAGACAAAUCAAGAAAUACUUUACAGGAAGGUUGGAUGCUGCAGUAGUGAGUUAUCCCCCAUUCCCUGGCAACGAGGCCAACUAUCUGAGGGCCCAGAUCGCCAGGAUCAGUGCUGGAACACACAUCUCCCCAUUGGGAUUCUACCAGUUCGAUGAGGAGGAGGAAGAGGAGGAGGAAGGAGAAGCCGGACGUGACCAUUUUGUAGAAAAUAUUGAUUUUGAAGGCAUUCCAAUUAGAGAGCUUGCAGAUCCUUCACUCAGCAACUGGGUGCACCACGUUCAGCACAUUUUACCACAGGGUCGAUGCUCCUGGUGGAACCCAGUUCAAAAGAACGAAGAAGAUUUUGAAGAUGAAGAAGAGGAGGAGGAGAGAGAGGAGCCCGAUGAACCAGAACCAGAGGUCGGGCCUCCUCUCCUGACCCCCUUAGCAGAAGACGAGGAGGUGGGAGGCAUGCCAGCCUGGACUCCAGCCCUCUCCUCCACAUUGAUACCCCAGUUUGCUAUUGCUGUCAUGCACUCAAAUCUCUGGCCAGGUGCCCAUGCUUUUGCCAUAGACAAGAAAUUUGAGAAUAUUUACAUUGGUCAUGGCCACAAGUACAAACCUGACAACUACACCCCACCACACCCUCCACCCAUUCAGGAGGAGUUCCCAAGUGGGCCAGAGAUCACGGAGGCUGAGGACCCAACCCCAGAGGAGGAGGCGGCCCUCAGAGCUGCGCAGCAGGAGGCGGCUGAAGCUGCGGAGGAGAUGGAGGAGGCAGAAGAGGAUGAUGAUGAGGACGAUUAGAUUAUUUCUUGAUGAAGGGAGGAUUUGCUCUACGUAUCCAAACAUAUUAAGCAUGAAAAACUUUUUCGAGCAUUGUGACAUUAUGUGCUGGUAACAACAUACAAAAAUGACACAUUUGGAUAAUGUUUUCUCUAUCUGCAUAAUGAUAAUGCUAAAGGUCACUUUACUGUUUGUUGCCUGUGAUGGAAGGUCUAGAGCAAGCCACGUCAUUUUUAGUUGAAUUUUCUAUCUGUCUUACAUCUUCAUCUUCUUCUCUUUCUUCCUUCUUUUCUUACACUGACUUGAAGAUACUUAUGACAAAUUUAUUGAAAAGUAUGUUCGAAUUAUUAACCAGAAACAUGCUAUACUCCCUCACAAAAUGUCGUGUGAUAGUUUGUUUAAAUUUUAAAAAAUUCUGUAAACAUUUUUUUAAAGGAGAGAUAAGGUUUGCUAAUAAUUCUCUUUUAUUGGCUAAUGUAUUAUUUUACACACAUUUUAUUGAUUUGCCAUUUGUGAAAACAUUUACAUGCAUACAAAUUUAUAACAUUUAGAAUUGAGUAUUAUUUUGAUAUUGUUUUAAUACUUUAAAGUAUCCAUUUAUAUUAAUGAGCCUAUUCCUUAAGUAUGAAAAUGAAACAGCACACUAAAAAAAUAAAAUUCAAACAUUACUACAACAAAGUGAUCAUUUACAAUUUGAACUCAUAAACUUAUUUUUAUAGUUAUUUCUUCCAUGUUUACAGCAACACCUCACACACCCAACAAAAUGUGUACGUCAAUUAAGGGCUCAUUAAAAUAGUUUGCUAAUUAUGAGAUAAUUAUGAGAACACAGUUUCAUAGUGAUGACUGUAUGCAAGAUGGGUUCCUGAUGUGUUGAGUGACUGAAUAUUUGGAUCUUGUUUACACUAUGAAAUAGUUUUGUGAUAUGUAUAUAUUAAAAACAAAGAUCAAUUUAUGAAAG